AUGGCUUUUCAGUGCCAAAACUGUAAGGCCCCAAUUGCCUUAGACGAAACACUUUCAAACUUGUCGAAAGCCCAAACACAUUAUCUUUUAGGAAGGUCCGGUAAGCCUUCUCAUCAUGUACCCUUAUCACCAGCAAACUAUAUACCUCAAGAUCGAUUGAAUUUGGCCCAUAAAGCUCUUCAAGAUGCCAAUGAUGAUGCUAUCAUUACCCAGGACUACUCCAAACUCAGCUAUUCCAAUUCUUUUGAUUCGCAGAAGUCGUACGUGUUUCUUUCCGACGGUGAAGAUGAAGACGAGGAUGGUCACGAAACUGAGGACGUGAAGGGAGCAGGAGAAGGACAAACCGAGGAGCAGCUUCCGGACUUCUCCAAGAUCAGCUCUUUAAACCAAGUGUUCCAUAUUUUGUCGACCAACGAAGACGUGAACCAUCCCAUGUGUGGCGAAUGCGCUCAUUUACUAGCAUCCAAUUACAAGCUCAAAUUCGACCAAAGUCAAAGGGAAAAGGAGUCGUACCUAGGGUUUCUAAAAAAACUCAAGGAGACGGAAGCGUCUUUGGCUUCUGCAGCUACCGAUAGCACUCUAGACGCCAAGUUAGGAGAGUCACAUGCGGAGUUCGUUCAGUUGAAAACAUUGGAGGAAGAAAAGUUGAAGGAGUUGCAAGAUUUGGAAGCAAAAUACGAUGGGUUGGUGGGACAGUUGGCCGAAUUGGAUCUGGAGCUCAAAAGAUUAAAUUCUCACGAGUUGAACGAUAUCAUCAAGCUCAAAAACUCUCUUAGCUUGGAGCUUCUGUUGAAACAAAACAAACUCGACCAGGCUAAGGCACUAUACCAGAAACACCUCAACCAUUUGGAUCAACUCCGUGCGCUUAAUAUCUAUACCAAACUCUUUGAGAUUUCCUUUGACAAGGAGGAUAAUUAUGCCCGUAUUAACGGCUACCGAUUAGGAUACAAGGUCCCAUGGCCAGAAGUCAAUGUUGCACUCGGCCAGGUGGUGUUACUACUUUCGUUUCUUAAGAAACGAUUCCUGUUGACGCUUGACUCUUACAAAUUGGUGCCAAUGGGGUCCAAGUCCUAUGUGGUUAAAAAGGGAGUUUCGUCCAACGACGAGACGGGAGAGAGAACAAAGACAAGCUCUGUUCUUCAGCUAUAUUCAUCGAAUGAAUUCACGCUAGGAAAGUUGUUCAAUUUCAACAAGUUGGACGUUUCGAUGAUCGCAUUGCUUGACAUUCUUUCACAGUUCGAGACGAAUUUGAUGGCUAUCGACGAAGAUUUAGAGUUGCCCUAUAAGAUCGCCUCUAAACACGAUAUGAUAGGUGGUAAGAGUAUACGAGUAACUUCCAAUGGUCAGUGGACUGAAUCUUGUCGUUAUCUUCUUAUUGAUUUGAAUUGGGUGCUAACCUAUGCAAGCACGAUGUCGUAG